UAGUGGCAGACUGGGAAAAGGGCUCCGAUCUGAUUCACAGAACAUUCCUCUAUUGAAUCCAGCCUUUGAGAAGAACCUCAGAAUCAUCCCACAUCCCUUCUGCAGGCAUCCAAAAUUCCACGAACCAAGAUUCAAUGUUUAGAGCAAAGUAUUGUCCCCAUGGAGCAUAUUUUAAAAGUAAAAAUAAUUCUACUGAAAAAGACGUAGAAAGAUGAGAAGUAUGACAUACUAAGCAACUGGGACAAGGCUUUACUGUGACAUGACGAAUUUCCUCUUUGGCUUCCUAGGGGCCGCGACGUUACCAGAAAUACCGAUGUAGGGAGGGACACGUCUUUGAGGUUUCACUCUUGGGUGGCUCAGUGAAGCCUAGGAACAGUUCGUGGGGAGGGGGCACGUACAACCCCUCUUGCUGACUUCUUUACAGUAUCUUCGUUCCCUCCCCUGCUGAAUGGAUCCUCAGCUUAAAAGGCAAGUCCAAACAGCGUGGCACGUUUUCCGGGAUCCUGCGUCUCUCCAUGCCCCGCCCCCAUCUCCUCCAAUCCUACUCAAGGUCCCAACUUGCCCUGGCUAGACUGGGUGCUCUCCGAAGUCAGGGCUCGUGUCUUAUGCAUCUUUGUAUCACCAGUACCAAAGGCGCAGGUCCUGGCACACAGUGCCUAGAAGGACAAAAACGACACUUCCGGGAAGAUGGCGGGGCACAAGUCAGAUCUGGCACGUGUUUCCGCGGAGAGGACCCUGCAGUAACGUAUCAAGAAGCAAGAUAGGAUCAUUUCUUCACUCAGUGCUUUUCUCUUGGGAUUCUGAAGGUAUCAGUUAUGUUUUCAGGGAUGAUGGUGACCUCCUCUUCUCUAAUGAGGGCCUGAGGACAGUGACUCUUCUCACCAUGAGUGUCACCCCGGAGGUCAAGAGUCGUGGGAUGAAGUUUGCUGAGGAGCAGCUGCUAAAGCACGGAUGGACUCAAGGCAAAGGCCUGGGCCGGAAGGAGAAUGGCAUCACCCAGGCCCUCAGGGUGACACUGAAGCAGGACAAUCAUGGGGUGGGACACGACCCUGCCAAGGAGUUCACAAACCACUGGUGGAAUGAGCUCUUCAACAGGACUGCGGCCAGCCUGGUAGUGGAAACUAGGGAGGAUGGAGUACAGAUAAGGCGCCUUUCUAAGGGGACCACCCAUCGUAAUCAUCCCAAGCCCAACUUGCUGUAUCAGAAGUUUGUGAAGACGGCCACACUGACUUCAGGUGGGGAGAGGCCAGACAAGGACUCGGAGAGCUGCAGUGAUGACGACAACCAGGGGCCCGAGCCUCCAAAGAUUCUGACCGAUGAGAUGCUGCUCCAGGCCUGUGAGGGGCGAACAGCACACAAGGCUGCCCGUCAUGGGAUCACGAUGAAGGCUAAGCUUGCUCGGUUAGAGGCCCAGGAGCAGGCCUUCCUGGCUCAUCUCAAAGGCCAGCACCUUGGGACUCCUCACCUGCAGUCUGAGAGCAAGCCCCCCCAAAAAAAGAAAAAGAAAAGGAAGCAGAAGGAGGAGGAAGAGGCUACAGCAACUGAAAGGAAUGCAGAAGAAGAGUACCCAGAACACACUGAUCAGAGCAUCAGGAAAAGCAAGAAGAAGAAAAGACAUCAUCAAGAAAAGGUCUCAGAGGAGAGAGAGGGAACAACCAUAGGGAAUGAGGAAGAAGAGGACGCAGGAGCAAGUGGGCCUGGGGAAUUGAAGAGCAGAGAACAUCAGUCUAUCAGGAAAAGGAAGAAGAAGCAGCACCAUGAAGAGGAGGAGGAAAAGGCUGCAGGUGCGGUCAGGACAGAGGAGGAAGAGAGCAGAGCAUACCCUGACCCACAUAGCACAGGCAAGAAGAGGUGGCAGCAUGAGGAGGAGGCGGCUGUUACAGGUGGUGGGACCAGGGAAGCAGAAGGCAGAGCAUGUGGCGAUCGGAAAAGCAGGAGAAGUAAGAAGAAAAGACAGCGGCAUCAGGAGGAGGAGAUCUUGGAUGUAAGGGAUGAAGGAGAUGAGGAGGAUGGCAGGACUGGGGAAGUGGAGAGCACUAGCUCAAGCAGCAGAAGUAAGAAGAGGCGGUGGCAGCAGCCAGAGGAAAGAGCUGGAGGCAGCACUGACCAGAGAGCAAAAAAGAAGAAACAGAAGAAGAGAGACUGACGGUCAGGUCAAGGUGGGGCUCAAUCGAUUCCUCUUCAGGAGUUGAAGCCUCAGAGACCUGAGUCGGUGCAGGCCUUCUGCACCCUCAGGGAGGAGUCCCUCCCAGGGAGGAAACAGCUCAGGAACACCAGUCUGCUGUGAGAGCAGUAGCACCAUGCCUUAGGUGAGGGAACGGGCAGGGUCCCCUCUGCAGCUUCUAACCCAGAGAGCGUCAACUCAAGUGCCUAUUUCAGGGCUGCCCAUCUUGGGAUCACAAGGAAGGCUAAGCUUGCUCGGUUAGAGGCCCAGGAGCAGGCCUUCCUGGCUUACCUUGGCAGCCAAGGGACAAGGAGUGCUUAGGGCUGUGGGAACAGAAAUGCAGAUACCCUUUGAAGGGGCAUCCUUGCUAUAAGAAGCUGAAAAUGUAGACUUAUGUGAAAUGUAAUGGUAUCUAAAUAUUGUGAAGGCUAAGAAAAACAUACACAUUUAGGUCUCUGGGCUGCAAUCAGCCCAUAGGUUGCCAGUUUCUAACACUAUACCAAAUGAUUGCAUAAACAUCAGCUUGGGCUCCUGUCUAUAAUAAAGUCCUGACUGGCAUCUCCGUUUCCCAGUCUGGGAACAUCCUGAAUACAAA